AUGCGCCGCCAUUUGCGUUGCGCAGAGUCGGCGCUGAGCGGCGCUGAGCGGCGCAGGGCCAUGGGCGCGGGCGAAGCGGGGCCGGCGGCGGCGGCUGCAGCGCGCCUGGUGCUAGCGGCGGUGCUGCUGCACUCGCUGGUGCAGUGCGCCGGCGCCAACACGGAGAACAACGCCCGCCUCACCACCAGCUUCGGGAAGCCGCAGCAGAAGCCGCAGGAGAGCCACCCGCCCAAGCAGAUAAUGGGCGUGCAGUGCUCCAAGUACUCGGACUGCGACAUCGCCAACAGCUCCUGCAUUGAGGAUCCUCGCGAUGGGAAGAAGCGGUGCUUGUGUGGUGACAGGUCCGUCCCUAAUGGAAAGCCUGCCUGCAAAAACAGGCAAAGAAUUGCUGGAUUUCCCUGCAGAGAUGAUGCUGAUUGUUUGGAAAAUGCAGAGUGUAUUCUACCAGGAAACAUUUCAACUAAUGCCACUGAAAUACGUAAAAUUGAUGUAAAUAAGUUGCUGACAGGACAGAAUGUGAAGAUCUGUUGGUGCCGAGAAAACUUUGAGAUAACUGAUGAUUAUCAUUGUUCCAUGGGAACAUCACUUCUACCAUCUGCAGUUUUAAUAUUAAUAUCUUUGUAUGCACUAUUUAUGGAUGAGACCGUACAGAAUAUAAAAUACUAACUAAACUCUAGCAUGAAAAGUUUUAUAUGUCAGCCAUAGGGAACAAUUCAGCUGUAUCAAAAUAAAUAUCAGCUAAGACAAUUGGACAUUUAUACAAAUGAAACAAAUACAUACUUCACAUAUGGAAAUGCAAAAUUAAUCAAAUUUUCAUGUUUCAUUCUUGGUUUCAAACAGGGGAGUGCACUAAAAUACUGGAACUUGCAUGACACGAUUUCAGGUAUUAAAAUUAUAUUCCAAUAUAAAUGCAUAUCAGCAGUGCAUUAAUGAAUAUUUAAACAAAUGUAAUUAAGUUGUCAUGGCAGCUUAUUUCCUAUUUAUUCAUAUUCUGAAAUCACAAGAUUACUAUAGAUUUACAUAUUAUUUUCUCUAUUCAUUACAAUAGGCCUCUCACCAAUAUUAUUUCAUUUUGAUACUGCCGUGUUCAACUGAUUAGAGAGAACCAAGACCAUUGUUCUAAAGUAGUAAUAAAAUAAAUAAUAAGAUUUUUUAUUCCCUUCAAUGUGCUCGCAUUGUUAUUUUCAUGAAUGGUCCAUUAAAUAAAUAUUCAACUAAUAGUAAAUUUCACUUGUGAGAACUAUUAAUUGAUUGUCUUUUCAAAUAAGCAAUAUUCAGUAAUAAUACAUUUUUACUGUUUAGUUAUAUAGGCACAUGUAAACAUUUUUCAGAAGGAUAUAUAAAUAAUGGCAUAAGAAAUAUUUAAAAUAAUAAUUAUAUACGUGUUUGUACAUAUGCAAGAUAUUUUGCACAAUUUUUGGAAAGUAAAGAAAAUAAACAUGUUUCUAUUAUACCCCAUACUUCUUUCUUCAUGUCUGCACUGUAAGCACCAAAAUUCUGUGUAAAAUGUAAUUAACAUCAUCGAAUAAAGCACACUACAGCAUCUUUCCUUUUCCACAACUAUUUGUGCUGAUCUCAGCACCUUCUGUCCUGCAGAACCGAACAAAGGAAAGCAGACAAGCUUGUGGGGAAAAAAACGCCAGACAAGCUUGCUCAAAACCAACUUCUAUGAAAUACAACUGCACUGCCCUACCUUCCCUGUAACAAACUGUAGUGAACAGUUUUUAUUGUUAUUUUGUAAAUGAAUUCAAUAUGUGUACUUCUGCAUGAAUCCAGUGACCCUAUAAAUAUACCAUAAACAAAACCUGCAAUGUAUGUAUUACUGAAAAAGUCAGUUUUCCUCCUACAGUAUCAAAAUACAAAUCGCAUGGAGCUUUUGAAACACAGAACUUUAUUCUUACGUUUAUGAUUGUAUAUUAAUCCAGCUAUUUCACUUAUUUUAUUUAUCAACUUUAAAAAACCUGAAAAAUUAUGCUAUUACAGCAAUAUUAUCUAUUUCCAAAACACACUUCAGUAUACAUACUGAAACACAUAAAACCAUUACUUACAUUAUCUUAAUAAGUGCCAAUAUUAACAA